AUGGACUUGUCUUCAAGGCUGUCCUCCCUCAGAAACAUUGACUCAAGUUCUGACACACUCCCCAGUUACAGCAACCCCAAUGACCGAAACAUCAUCAAGUCCCUGCUGGUCAAAGGAAAGAGUUUGAUCGGUAAAGAGAAACACAGAACUUUUGACCUGCCCCAAUCCAACAAAGAACACUUUCCUUCACAUCCGAUUGACAAGAAGACCAUACCCCCAGAAUUUAUAUCUCCGGGAGUUCCCCUAGUCAGAGUGACACACAAGAAAAAAGUUAAUAAAUCAUUCAGAAUAGAUUUUGAUAAUGGACUACUUGUUUGGGAUAGCAAAGCUUCUUCGUCCAUAAAGAUCAGCAAGAUUAAACAGAUAAGACAACAGCACCAAGCUUGGAACUAUAUUGAAGAGCUACAAGUUCCUCGAUCAUUAACUAAAUUCUGGAUUUCAAUCAUUUACAUUCCUGCAAAGAAACACAAGCAUAAUAAUAUCAAGACACUUCAUUUGAUUGCCGGCUCAGAAGAAUCGUAUUCACUGGUGGUUGAAACUCUGACGAAUAUGGUAGCUUUUAACGACACAUUGAGGAAAACUCAGGACCUCAUGAUGGUGGCAGACUACUGUUGGAAUAACAUUAGCUCCAAUGGAGUGGUCACACUUGAGGGAAUCUCGGGAUUGAUCAAUCAUUAUGACAUGUGUACAGAGUCAGACUAUAUCAAAUCUUUGUUCGAUACCGUCAACCCCACCGAUUGUGCUUUGACCUUUGACCAAUUCAAAACUUUCAUUAGCCUGCUCCAAGAGAGAAAAGAGGUCACCCAACUAUUUUAUUAUCUGACCUCUCACGAGAGCAACCAAAAUCAAAAUAAUAUUACUUUACCAACAUUCACGAUCUUUUUGAGGGAUAUACAGGAGGAAACAAUGUCCGAUAAAGAGAUUUUAACUUGCUUCACCUCUCUUGCAAUUGCAAACGCUCAAAUACCUUUGAGCGAGUUCACAAAGUUUUUUCUUUCUGACUACUUACAACCCAUCAAGAACAUUCAAAGUGAAGAAGACCUCACACGUCCUCUUAAUGAAUAUUUCAUAUCCUCAUCUCACAAUACCUAUUUGCUGGGAAGACAAAUUGUAGGUAUAUCUUCUGUGGAAGGCUAUGUGAAAGCCCUACAAAAAGGCUGCAGGUGCAUUGAAAUUGACAUAUGGGAUGGGAGUAUUACCACCAAUUUGGAGGAGAUUUCUCCUCCUUUGCAUGAUGAGACGAACGAUUCUAUGAGACCAGUGGUGAAACAUGGUAGAUCCUUCACAAGUGCCGUUGAUCUCAAACAGGUAUUGAAAACCAUCAAAAAAAAUGCAUUUAUUAGAUCAUCUUUACCUUUAAUCCUCUCCUUGGAAAUUCAUUGCAACCUAGAGAACCAAUUGACAGUAAAGAGGCUAAUUUUAGAAACUUUUGGGACUGCAUUAGUAAAGGAACCUAUCAUGGGAAACGAAUCAUUUUUACCGAGCCCGCUAGAGCUCAUGCAUCGGGUUUUAAUUAAAGUGAAAAAGACUAAAACAGUGAGCAAGUCCGGAGCUGCAAACAAUACCAGUACCAGUUUAAGUAGUAGUUUUGGAACAAGCGUAUCCGGAUUGAGUGAAGAUGAAACAAAGAAUUCUAGCAAGCUCCCUAUUAAGAAGAUUUCCAAAGAAAAGAUUCACCCUGAGUUAAGUUUUCUUGGAAUUUAUUUGUCGGGAAUAAAGUUCAGAAACUUUUCUUUACCUGAAUCCAAAUCAUUCAACCACGUUUUUUCCUUUAGUGAGUCCAAACUGAAAAGGUUUAUGAAGGAAGAAACCAAAAUAAUUGCCCUUUUGAAACAUAAUAAACGAUAUCUAAUGAGAGCAUAUCCUGCUAGAUUCCGUUAUUCGUCAACCAACUUCAAUCCGUUGCCAUUUUGGGAGAUAGGAGUACCAAUGGUUGCUACAAACUGGCAGACGUUUGAUUUAGGGCAGCAACUCAACGAGGCUUUAUUUGAUCAACCAUUUAACAGCCCCUUGCAGGGGUAUGUGCUGAAGCCCUCAAACCUCAGAAAUAUCACCAUUACAUCUAACAAGAAGGUUGAUUUGCUGAAAAAUCAAGCCUAUUGCAAGUUGAUCAAUGUUAAUGUUCAAGUUAUUACGGCCAGACAACUUUCUCUUAGCAAUUUCAAGAAGCAACCAAUCAACCCGUUCGUUGAAUUUGAAAUUCAUGGAUGUAAUCUGUCUUGCAAAGAUCAAGGCAAAAUCUUGAGAACAAAAACGGUUCAAAACAAUGGUUUCAAUCCCUCUUGGGACGAGAACUUCAACGUGUCCUUCAAAACAAAUCAGAACAAUUUGAAUUUCAUUAGGCUCUUAGUGAAAAAUGACACCGGUAGUUCAACUUAUGAUGGCAAUGACGAUAACGAAAAUAAUAACAACAACAACAACGAUAGUAACGACAAUUCGGAGUUAAUAUCUUCCUGGUGUGCAAGAUUGGCUUAUGUGAAAAAUGGCUACAGAUAUCUACGUUUAGUGGAUGCGCAAGGCGAAGAGAGUCUGUGUGCUACUUUAUUUGUCAAAUUUGAUAUUACUGAAGAGAGAAUAAUUACCGAUUAA